GAACCGCAUCUGUCCGCAUCUGUCCGCGGCUGUCCGCGCGCUCCUUGCUUUUGUUUACACUCUGCUUCUGUGACGCGGGACGGUGUGAACACAGCAGACCUUAAGACUUAAGCGGUGCUGGCUUUGUAAAGUUUUCCUGACAGCUCUGUCGCGGGUCUCUGUAAACCACCCUCCCUUAUCUCCCCUGUGGAUUUAAUCGUAUUGCAGGAAGUCCCUCGCAUCCUCUCUGCUUGCUGUGUGUGUGUGUGUGUGUGUGUGUGUGUGUGUGUGUGUGUGUUUCUGUGUCGGUAUAUUAUGAAGAUCUCAUCAUAAGGAGCCGGGCAUCAUGAGGAUCUACCGGCGUCUCAUGAGCGGACUGCGCGCUUUUGUGCUGCUAAUAUUGGGACUGACAGCUGAUAUCUCCACUCAUUCCUCAGCUGACGGGAGGCAACUAAAAAGUGUGCUCAACAAACUGGAACACUACCACACCAUGGUACCUCUACUGCUGGAAGGAAGAGAGCAGCGGCCAAUCAGCUGGCUCCGCUCCAGGGCGCCUCCCGCUUCGCUGCGCAUCCUGAUCCAAGCAGAAGGACAACAGCUGAUUUUAUCUGUGGAAAAGAACCACGGCCUGUUCGCCAGCCAUUACACUGAGAGGCAUUAUAGGGAAGAUGGACAAACUGUUUUGAGCACUCACAACUCUACGAUGAAUUGCUAUUACCAUGGUGAAGUGCAAGGAUACUCUCGCUCUGAUGUCAGCCUCAGUACAUGCUCUGGUCUCAGAGGAUUCAUCUUAAUUGAAAAUAAAACACUGAUGGUGGAGCCAGCUUUUGAGCCAACAAAUGACACCCAUGUGAUUUAUGAAGGGCAUCACCUGCACUUCCCCUCCGGAACCUGUGGACACGGACACAACAUAUCGACUGUCAGCCAUAUGAGCGCUGGAGGACUACCACAAUCAUUUAGCACAAGGCAUAAACGGGAUGUUCAGAAGACCACCAAAUAUGUGGAGCUCAUCAUUGUAGCAGACAACAGAGAGUUCCAGAAACAAGGAAAAGAUGUGGAGAAGGUUAAGCAAAGACUAGCCGAGAUCGCCAAUUACGUGGACAAGUUUUACAGAGUGUUGAACAUCCGAGUAGCCCUGGUGGGACUGGAGGUGUGGAGUGAUGCCGAUAAGUGUGCAGUCACCCAAGACCCCUUCACAACGCUGCAUGAGUUUUUGGACUGGAGAAAACUUAAACUUUUGCCGCAACGACCACAUGAUAACGCUCAGCUUAUUAGUGGGGUGUACUUCCAGGGCACCACAAUAGGCAUGGCUCCCAUCAUGAGUAUGUGUACCGCUGAGCAGUCAGGAGGCAUUGUCAUGGAUCACUCAGACAAUCCUCUGGGAGCUGCUGUGACCUUGGCUCAUGAGUUGGGUCAUAACUUUGGAAUGAACCACGACACACCAGAGCGAGGAUGCGGCUGUAGGAUGACUGUAGAUCGAGGCGGCUGCAUCAUGACCCCUUCUACAGGGUACCCGUUCCCCACGGUGUUCAGUACGUGUAGUAAGAAGGAUCUGGUGGCUAGUCUGGAGAAGGGGGUGGGCAUGUGUUUAUACAAUAUGCCUGAAGUCAAAAUGCUCUACGGGGGACAAAAAUGUGGCAACGGCUACAUUGAGGAAGGAGAGGAGUGUGACUGCGGAGAGCUUCAGGAGUGUCUGAAUCCCUGCUGCAACGCUUCACUAGCCUGCACCCUCAAGGGAGAUGCUGUGUGUGCCCAUGGACAGUGCUGUGAAGGCUGCCAGUUAAAACCAGCUGGGACUCCUUGCAGAGAGUCCAGUAACUCCUGUGACUUACCGAAUUCUGCUUUGGAACAAAUCCCCCACUGCCCUGCCAAUGUGUACUUGCACAGCGGACACGCGUGCCACAAUAUGGAUGGUUACUGCUACGGCAUCUGUCAGACUCAUGAGCAGCAAUGCAUCACUCUGUGAGGACCAGGUUGCAAAACCUGCCCGGGAAUCUGUUUUGAAAGAGUAAACUCUGCAGGUGCCUAUGGAAAUUGUGGAAAAGACUCCAAAAGUUCUUUUGCUAAAUGCCAAGCAAGGGAUGCUAGGUGUGGAAAAUUCCAGUGCCAAGGAGGUGCCAACAGGCCGGUGAUCGGAACCAAUGCGGUUUCCAUAGAGACCAACAUACCUCUGCAGGAGGGUGGCGUCUUCUGUGCGCCCGGGACACAUGUGUACCUGGGUGGCGAUAUGCCUGAUCCAGGACUGGUGUUGGCAGGCACUAAGUGCGCUGAGGAAUGGUACGACAAGAUCUGUUUGAACAGGCAGUGUCAGAAUGUCAGUGUCUUCGGAGUGCACAAGUGCUGGAAAUUAUAUGGAAGAGGGGAAUGUAACAACAAGAAGAAUUGCCACUGUGAAGCUCACUGGGCACCUCCUUUCUGUGAUAGGACGGGGUUUGGCGGCAGCGUCGACAGCGGACCAAUGAGACAAGCUGAAACAGCUGUACACAAAGGAAGCAAAUUUAUGAAAAUUGACCAUCCUUAGUGACAGAUAAGUUAUACAUUUACAAAUGCAUUUACAUUUAUGCAUUUAGCAUG